GUUCUGAUUGGCUGUGAGGUGAUUGAGAGCGCGCGGAGUGUUGCAGCGGUUGGGAAGGAGAAUGUGAACGGACUUGGACGGCAAUGGCGACUUCGUCUGUAUCCACGGGUUGUUUUGUUUUCAAGCCAAAAGACUCCAAAAAGAGAAGGAAAUCUGUCCCAGCUGACUUCUUCAAUAAAGACAAUGCUAUUUCAGAGAGUGAUAGGUGGCGGUUUAGUACUUAUGAGUCACUGUGGCAACAGAUGAAAGAGGAAACUGAGAGUUUGCAAGACAGUUUAAACGAGAAGAUAUUUGACAGUUUAUUAACAUUUAUUAAAAAUUCCCACAUUCAACUUGAUUUGAAAGAAAAUGAUUGGAGCUAUCGGAUGCGGUGCAGUGAGAUUCCCACAGCAGCAGUUGUUCUUGGUGUGAAUGUUCCAGACCAUGAAAUGACAUUUCAAAGACUAUCAGACCUCCUGAAACAGUCACUUACCCCACAUGUAGUUUGCCUGCAUGGAAAGGAGUGUACAACUGUGAAGCAAGUUUUACAAAAAGUUUUGAUGCACCUCCUGGGUGGCACUGCUAACGAUGAAGAUGCAGAAGAGGAGGACGUGCACCAUUCUACUCCGCUCUCCCAGAGGAAAAUACACUGCUCUAUGGCAUCCCUCUCUGGAUGGUACAAAGCAAUCUCACAGACAUCUGUCUCAGGCAGCCCAUCGAAAAAGAGGAAGUCAUGUGUUGUCGGGCAGGAGCAGGCUCCUCCUAUUGUCAUCAUCUUCAAAGACCUUGAGAGCUUCCUACCAGAAGUUUUGCAGAAUUUCAUUAUCAUCUGCAGUAACUACAUCCAGCAGCUGCCCCUGGUGCUGGUUUUUGGAAUUGCCACAUCUCCGAUCACUAUACACCGAAUGCUGCCUCGUGCAGUUUGCUCAUUGCUCUGCAUUGAACUAUUUCAGUCUCUUUCCUGCAGCGAUCACUUGACUACAGUUAUCGAUAAGUUGGUGCUGACAACGAAAUUCCCUUUUAAGUUGAGUGGAAGAGUGCUUCAGGUUCUGACCGUCAUAUUCCUGUACCAUGAUUUUUCUGUAAAGAACUUUGUUAAAGGUUUUCAGCUAUCUCUGUUAGAGCACUUCUAUUCUCAGCCCCUUAGUUUCCUGUGCUGUACACUGGAUGAAGCCAAUGACAGGAUUCAGAAUCUUGCCCACGGUGAAUGUGAACUUAUCCGUCAAGUGCCAACUUUUAUGAGAUAUGUUGAUAGUCAGGAUUCUGAGAACCAGAUUGAACUUUUGACUAAUGAUCAAUAUCUAAAGGAUGAUGUACAGAAGCUGCUGAAAGAUCUUCAUAUUUACCACAAGAAUUACUUCCCGGUUUUGAAAUGCCUUCAUAUUUUAACGUCGUCGCUUCCAAAGUACCCUUUAGGUAAACAGAUCAGGGAACUCUAUAUCGCAUGUUUGGAGAAGAACAUAUGGGAAACUGAGGAAUACAGUUCUGCCUUCCAACUACUUGGAAUGAUGGCAAAUGAUGAGUUAGUGUGUCUGCUUCAGAAAUGUAUAGAUGUGCUAAAGUCUUCCAUGCAGCAAAAACCCCUCACUGACAUCAUGCAAAAGCUUGAAGAGUUCCUCUCAAAGUUUCAAAAGCUGGAUGACAUUGCUGUCAAGAUGGAGGACAAAGAAGGUGACGAAGAUCACAAAAUGUCACCAGAAAAAUCGCUACAGAAAAGGACUGACCUUUAUGAACUCCAAAAGACAUUGAUGGAAUUGAAAAAAUCAAGAAGAUCCAAAAAACUAAGCAGGUUUGAAGUACUGCGGAUGGAAGUUCUUGAAUUUAUGGACAAACUUGUAAGGCAAUACCUUUUGCCACCUGAGACUCAGCCACUCCAUGAGGUUGUAUAUUUCAGUGCUGCCAGCACUAUUCGUAGACACUUAAAUGCUGCACCUCGCACUGCAUUGCAGGCAGCUUUAAGUAAGCCAUACAACUAUCUAAAGAAUGAAGCUGUGAGGAGCAAGGAAGGAGCCAUUACUAAUACAGCUCCAGAUAUAUGUAUAGUCUAUAAACUUCACCUGGAGUGUGGACGAUUGAUUAACCUGUAUGACUGGUUGCAGGCAUUUGUCACUGUGGUUACUGCUGCAGAAGGACAAGAUCCAGAUAAAAUGAGUAAUGGACAGGUGGAUCAAGUUCUACAUGCUCGUUUUAUUCGUGCUGUGUCUGAGUUGGAGUUUUUAGGCUUUAUUAAACCAACCAAACGGAAGACUGAUCACGUAACGAGGCUGACGUGGGGUGGCUUCUGACCACAACCAACCCAACAUCCUUUGUCUUUCUCUGGACAUUUUGCACCAAAAUGGGACAUCAUGCUACGAAUAUGUUUAUUUGGGAUUUCAUGUGUUACAAUACAAAAUGAGCAUUUACAAUGGCCAAUAAAGUAUCCAUUUCAUACAUGUA